UCCCCCUCCGCUGGCCGGCGGAGCGCGCCAGAAGAUUGCGUGUCAAGCACCCCUCCCCCCUGAUAUCUGCCUGCUUCUCCCCCCUCCUCUACCCCUUGCCCUUCACCAUGCUCGGUCGCACGCUGCCUAUGGCCCGCUUUGCCUCUGCGCGCGCCGCCGCCGGCCGCGCGGUUGCCCUGCGCGCUUCGGCCAUUCACUCGCCCGCGGCCCUGGCCGCGGAUGCUGACCGUCGCCAGAACCACACCGCUCAGGCCGCCCCGCUGGUGGCCAGCCGCUUCCCCCUGGCGCGCGCCUUCUCCACCGAGGCCACCCCGGCGGCUGAGACCGCCAAGCCGGCGUCCACCGUUCGCCGGCAGUUCCAGGCCGAGACCGCCAAGCUGCUGGACAUCGUGGCCAACUCGCUGUACUCCGAGAAGGAGGUUUUCGUUCGGGAGAUCAUCUCCAACGCGUCGGAUGCGCUGGAGAAGCUCCGCCACAUGCAGCUGACUGAUGCCUCGCUCGGCGGCGAGGGUCCCCUGUCCAUCGCCAUCACCACCGACGAGGAGGCCAACACCAUUACCUUCACCGACAACGGUAUCGGCAUGACCGAGGAGGAGAUGAUCAACAACCUCGGCACCAUCGCCCGGUCCGGCUCCAAGGCCUUCAUCGAGGACCUCAAGAAGACCGGCGGCUCGGCCAACGCGAGCGACUCCAUCAUCGGCCAGUUUGGCGUGGGGUUCUACUCGACCUUCAUGGUCGGCAACCAGGUGGAGGUGAUCUCCCGGUCUGUGACCGACCCGAAUGGCAAGGGCUAUGGCUGGAUUUCCAGCGGUACCGGCGAGUACGAAAUGUAUGAUGCCCCCGAUGCCCAGCCUGGCACCAAGAUCAUCAUCCACCUGAAGGACUCCUGCCGGGAGUUCUCUCGGCCCAAGCGCAUUUCCGAUGUCAUCGACAAGUACAGCUCCUUCAUCUCCUUCCCGAUCAUGCUGAACAACGCGCAGAUCAACAACCUGAAGCCCCUGUGGAUGCACAGCAAGGAGGAGAUCACCCCGGAGGCGCUGAAGAACUUCUACCGCUUCACGUCCGGCAUGUCGGACGACCCGAUCAUGUCGCUGCACUACUCGGCCGACGCGCCGCUCACCCUGCGCACGCUGCUCUUCGUGCCGUCGCACAAUGUCCAGCGCUUCCAGAAGCGCAUCGACCACACGGUGUCCCUGUACACGCGCAAGGUGCUGAUUCAGGCCAACUGCCGGCACCUGCUGCCGGAGUGGCUGCGCUUCGUCACCGGUGUCGUGGACUCGGAGGACAUCCCGCUGAACCUGUCGCGUGAGAUGCUGCAGGACAGCGCGCUGAUUGCCAAGAUUCGCCGGCACCUGACCGGGCGCAUCCUGCGCUGGUUCUCCGACGAGGCUCGCAACAACCCGGACUCGUACCUGGAGUUCUACGAGCAGUUCGGCAUCUUCCUGAAGGAGGGCGCUGCCACGGAUCGCGAGUUCACCGACCGCGUGAUGAAGCUCCUGCGCUUCAACUCGUCCUACUGCAUGGAGCGCUACCGCGAGCGGGCUGCCUCGUAUGAGCGCCGCCGGCAGAAGCACGAGGACGAGACGGGCAACAUGCUGCUGGAUGAGGAGUUCACCGCGGCCCCGGUGGCCUCGCUGGAUGAGUACAUCGCCCGCAUGAAGCCCGGCCAGAACAAGAUCUACUACCUGGUGACCCCGACGCGCCAGCUGGCCGAGCAGUCUGUCUACUAUGAGCCCUUCAAGCAGCACGGCCUGGAGGUGCUGUUCCUGCAUGAGGCGGUCGAUGAGUAUGUCAUGAACAACCUCCGGUCGUACGAGGGCAAGGAGUUCGUCAACAUCGAGUCGCCGGAUGUCGACAUCAAGGCCACCGUCUCGGAGGAGGAGGCCAAGGAGGCCGAGAAGAAUGUGCUUGACUCGGAUGCCGUGUGCUUCUGGUUCCUGCAGACCCUCGGCAACGAGCUGGUCCAGUCGGUCAAUGUGUCCAACCGCCUGGUGUCCUACCCGGCCAUGAUUGUUGGCUCGGAGUCCGGCGCCAUGCGCUCCAUGAUGCAGAUGCUGCACAACUCCAUGGGCGAGGACCUCCCCAUCCCGCCCCAGCGCCUGGAGAUCAACCCCAACCACCCGAUUGUGCGGAACAUCAUCAAGCUCCGCGACAGCGGCAACACGGCCAUCGCCCGCAUGGCCGCCCGGCAGAUGUUCGACAAUGCCCGCAUGGCUGCCGGCGUCAUCGACGACCCGCGCGCCAUCCUGCCCAACCUGAACCGCGUGCUGGAGUUCGCCAUCCUCGGUGCGGCCGACAGCAAGUCCAACGCCGACCGCCUGACCGCGCUGCUGGAGAAGACCGAGUUCGCGGACAACUACCGCGACCCGAACAACCAGUUCUCCGAGCUGGACAACAGCUACUCCGAGUGGGUCACCCAGACCUCCAACGAGUCGGUCAACAACGUGGAGAAGAAGGACAACUAAGGCCCGCCGCCCGGAGAUAAUACAGGCCCAGGUGUGAUGAGUGUCUGUGGCGUGUGUGCGUGCGUGCGUGCG